AGCCACAGUUUACAACAAAUAAGUACCUAAGUAGGUAACCAUUUCCUCGAAGGGAUUCGGGUGUUUCAUGGGCUUAUAAAUACUUACGUUAGUCUAAAAUACAUCGUCACUCACAGAACACAUCUUGUUUAUUCACUAUUAGUUCAUAUUAUUAUCUUCACGUUACACACCUAUUUUUGUGCAUUUUUUCUUCGAAUCUUUGGUAUAUUUCGUUUUCGUUCGAUGGUAAAGAUGAAUUCCGUUUUGGUUCGUUUAUUGCUUAGUGCAUGUUUAGUGAUCACGAUUUCGAUUAUUCUGGUCGAGGGUAAGAAUGUUGGGAAGAUGUGGGACCUCCGAUACAUCAAGGAGUGCAAGGAAGAACUGAACCUUACCAACUACCACUUUACAGUGACAGAUUUGAAAACCAUUGGUAUACCAACCACUCUGGAACAAGGUUGCAUUCUAGAUUGUUACUAUUUUAAAAUGGGAAAGAUUAAAAAGAAGAAUCAGACAAGUUUCAUUGAACAUAAAUUCAUUGGUUUACCCCCAAAAGCAGGAUCUGUAGAAAACGAUUCGGAGUGGAAAUCUGGAAGUUUUCUGAAAAGAGAAGCCGAAGCAGCAGCAAAGUGCGCAGACUAUCUCACGGGUCAUCAUAUUGAGGAAUGUAACCUGAUUUAUCAGCACAGAUAUUGCGUUUCUAAAGUGAUGAAUGGGACGCAGAUUCCCCCAAAACUGAUUGAAGAUUGAGAUCAUUGUACUUUAUUCAUGGAUUAAUGUAUUUUGUUUGCGAGAUGUCUCCUUAUUUGGAGUUAGGUUAUUUUGUUAGUAUUUUUUAAUGUUUUAGCUUAGGUAAUUUUUUCCAUAUGAGGUGUUUAAAUUUUAGAAUUUUUAGAACUGUGUUUUGAUGUUUGGGCUUCAUCUUUUUGUAAAUUUAAUUAAACGAUUAUUUCUAUUUCCUUUGAA